UAUUGCUGUAUAAAAUUUAAUAAAAAAAGAUUGACUGCACCCAAUAAAUAUGUUAGGUGUUUGUUUCCAUACUAAUUAUGAUUAGAAAAAAAAUAAGUAUUAUCGCUCUGAACUAUGUACAAAUAAGUUAUGCGAUAUUUUUGCAUUGCUGAUUCACUCGUGGCUCGUUAUCACGCGGCUGUUUACGUUAAAAUAACUAUUUCCCGUUGUUUCAUGCGAAAUGAAAUCAGAUUUCCUGUGUUGUUACACAAAGAACACACGCCGCUAAUCGCCAGUAUCGAACCAAACCUUUUUAAAAAUUCGACCUUGAACCUGGUCAAAAAUCCCAAAACAAGCCAAACAGUGUAUGACCUUCGCAUAACCAGGUUUUGGCUUAAACUAAAAUCAGACGUCGCGACGUCGACGUUUCGCAACCAGUUAGCCAUGACGUGUAAAAUGGUGUUGAACGAAGUGGUCGAAGUGGUUUUCCGAGAGGAGGCGAAUUAAAAAAAACAGAAAGAAAAACUACACACACGCGUGUUUCCUAGCUCAUUCAGUACCAGGUCGAGCGUCGAGACGCGUACUACUCUGAUAAAAAAAUGGUUGAUAAAUACGCGCGGAAUUUGAAAUGGCACAAAAGGAUCAGCAGUGCUGUAACCACAUACACCGAACUCUUUUUCUAUCAUUUAGGUUUCAAAGUGGCAUCAAAACCAAAAACAACAAUGGCAAUAUGCUGUAUAGCCGUUAUAUUAAGUUCCUUUGGAUUUCUUCGGUAUUAUCAAGAAAAGAAUCCUAUGAAACUUUGGGUGCCACCGGAUUCCCAGUUUGUUCAACAUAGCGAAUGGUUGAUGAGCACAUUUCAACGAGGAUAUCGAAUAGAGGCUAUGAUAAUAGAAGCAGAUGAUGUUCUGACGCCCGAAGUAUUUAGAGAGUUGCUCCUGAUUGAAAAAGACGUAAGAAGCAUCCGUACAAAAAACAACAUAACAUUCGAAGACGUUUGCUUUCAAAUCCCCAUGUUGGAAGCAACGAAUACUUUAUACGAUAAAAUCAGUUUUAGUUGCGAUUUACUUGACGUGAUUUCUAAUGGAUGUUACGAGCAAAAUAUUUUGGAUUUAUGGGAUUUUCAUGGAAACGGACUGAAAGAUAUUACUAAAGAAGAUAUUUUGCAUAAAGUUAAUACAUAUAAAAUGCAUCCAAUUUUUAAAAAUAUGAAGAAAUACGAAGAUCUUUUUAGUGGAGUGACUAAAAAUGCAACUGGACAUAUAGUUUCGGCAAAAGCUCUUCAUACAAUGUGGAUGUUACAUGUUAAUUUUUCUGCGAUCGAUAUUAAUGAAGCUGGAAAUACGGUAGGAACGGCUGAUUGGGCAUCCCCAGAAGCUUUAGAAUGGGAAUCUGAGUACUUAAAAUACAUGGCUGCUCUUAAAAGACACACAAGAAAUUUAACAAUAAAUUACAUGGCAGCAAGGAGUUUUGGAGAUAUCAGCAACGAUACGAUGUUUCAAGAUUUCCACAUUUUAGCACUCGGUGGUAUCUUAAUGGUGAUUUAUAUCCAGCUAAUUUUUUCUAAAUACAAUUGGGUGGAAGGAAGAGUUAUUUUGGGUUUCAUUGGAUUAUUUACGAUCGCCAUGGCUUUUUUGGUCGGUUGCGGUCUUUGUUCGCUCAUCGGAAUUCCAUACGGACCCGUUCAUCCUUCUCUGCCAUUUCUACUUAUGGGGUUAGGAGUCGAUGAUAUGUUUGUUAUACUUUGUUGUUGGUACGAACUCUCAGAAGAAGAACGAAAAUUAUCGUUAAGUGAAAAAAUUGGAAAUAUGUUGAAGCAUGCUGGAGUUUCAAUUACCAUUACUUCAAUUACGGAUAUUUUAGCUUUUUUGGUUGGUGCUUACACUAUCCUCCCUUCGUUAAGAUCUUAUUGUCUUUAUGCGGCUGCAGGAAUUUUUAUGACGUUUGUUUUUACAACAACGUUUUUCGUGGCUUGUUUUUCAAUCGAUGAAAGACGUAUUCAAUCAAAUAGAGAUUGUUGUUGUCCGUGUAUAAAAUACGAUAAUUUUGAGAAAAAUGCUUUCAGUCAAAAAAGGUACAUGAAAAGAUUUUUUAAUUUAAUUUACUCGAGAUUUAUUUUAACAUGGCCGGGAAAACUUUUAAUUGGAUUGAUAACUAUAAUCCUGUUAGGGUUCAGUAUUGAAAGCACUUUUAAACUAGAACAACGAUUUGAUCCGAUGUGGUUUAUCCCGACGGAAUCUUAUUUUAAUAAGUAUAUUAGGCAGCGGAAAAGUUAUUAUCCCCAUAUUGGAGUGGAAGCAGCAAUGUAUGUAGGUGGGGUAAAUUAUACCCACGAAAUGAAGAAUUUAUUAAGAAUGAACGACGUUUUGAUAAAUUCAACUGAUAUGUUGUAUGGUGUGCGUUCUUGGGUGCCGGCUUAUACAAAUUAUGUUUUUGAAAAAACAAACGUAAACUUGUAUCACGAUGUUUUGCCUGAGGACGAAUUUCAUAAACACCUCACCGAUUUUUUGUAUACGAAUGGAACAAAUUUCCAAGCUAACUUUCAAUUUAAAACUAAUUUAAAAUGCGGAGAACCGGCUCCAAAAAUUGAAGUAUCCAGCGUCGAUUUUCGACUACAAAAUUAUAAAGGCCCCGAAGAACAUCUCCCAGUAAUGCGGAAAUUAAUUCAUUUAACCGACAACUCAAAUUUAACAACCGGCGAUAAACGAUCGUUUAUUUGGUCGCUCGUUUUCGCUUCUUGGAUAACGGACGAAGUCAUCGACGAAGAAAUCUUCAGAAACAUGAUUUUAGCCUUAAUAUGCGUGAUGAUUUGUACUGCAAUUUUAAUAGCAGACCUUCAAACUUGUUGUUGGAUAUUUAUUUGCGUUUUAUUUACGAUGAUUAACGUCGCAGGAUUCAUGCAACGAUGGGGAUUAACUUUAGAUGUUACCUCUUGCGUUGGUCUACAACUCGCCAUCGGUUUAUGCGUUGAUUACGCAACUCAUAUUGGUCACACUUUUCUUAUUAUUAACGAAGGAAGUCGAAAUGAAAGAGCUGUUAAAACCGUUUCAAGUAUUGGGGCUGCAGUUUUUUCUGGUGGAUUCUCCACGUUAUUAGGAGUCUCAUUUUUAGCAAUUUCGGAUGCUUACGCUUUCCAAAUAUUUUUUAAGAUUUUUUUCUUGGUGACUGUUUUUGGAUUAUUUCACGGUGUUGUGCUACUUCCUGUUAUUUUGAGUUUAAUUGGCCCCAAACCAUAUAGUUCUCAUACACCUGUUAAACAAACUGAUAUUAUGUUUUAGCUAAUUUAAUUUUAUUGAUAUUUCUCAUCUUGCCACGAUUUUUUUUUGUUUUUGUGGUGAUACUUGUUACUCUUUGUAGAAUAUAUUUAGAGUAUUUAAGAAAUUUUUUAAUAAAUUUUUAUAGAAAUUAA